AUGGUGAUCCCAUGCGGUUGUGAUAGCGAUUUUCAGACCAUAAAAGUAGAUGGCAAGAUUAUUUCGACGGCUAUUACGCUUCAUCGGUUCGAUCUUCCACUCGAGCUUGGGAAAAAUGAGGAUGAUCUAUAUCUCAAAGCUCCCUUCCCUCGUUUCGAAGCCCUCGAUAAUCCGCAAGGAAUGUCACUGGUUCUAAGCUCAGCUGCCACCGAUGAUCCCUUCUUAACAAAACUGAAGCUACGCGAACCGAGCGCCCCCGGAGGCAGCGAGGAAGUCGCCGACAGCCUAUUUGAUCCAACAGUCCGCCUCUACUUUGUACCCGCUAAUGGGCAAUCAGAGGCCUACAAGUACAUGGACGUGGUCUUUAAGGACGACACAUACGCGAGGCUGACAGAACUCCGGACAAAGUACAAGGUACCAGUAGCCCAAACUGGGUAUGAUACUAGCCGUCAGGUCAUCAGCCAUGUGACAAAUACGUUUAUGAAGCAAUUCGGCAAUAUUUUUAAUGCUGCUCGCCACAGUUCUCCAGGUGAUGUCUUGAAGGAGGUGGCUUUCAAGGGUGCCAUGAUGCAAGUUCUCGCUGGCCUUACACUUGUGUUCUUGGGCCAAUCCCGCUGGAUUUUUGACGAAGUUGGCGGGAAUCUGGUAAAAAGAGAAAGAGCAAGCAGGUAUCAAUGCCUGCCAAUGCCGUAG